UCUCCAGGAAUUGGGAAAUUCGUGACGUUCCCUGCCCAGGAUUCGCCAAGGGCGGGGGAGUGCUGCAAGGGGCCAUCGCGCAAGUGCGGCCCCGGCCUCCGCCGCAAACGGCCGGCCUCACCUGGGGCCGGGGACUGCAGGAGGAGGCACGCCAACCGGCGCACCGGGCGGUCCUGGCGUCCCUGCCUUUCCCAUCGCCCGGCUCCGACACUCGCCGCCUCUGCCGCCCCGCCCGCGGGUGUGCGGUCGUUUCCCUCCGCUCCCCGUUAUUCUUUGCAGACGCUCCCCGGCGCCGGGCAUGGGCGCCGCCGCCGCCGCAGCCGUCGGUCCUCCGGCCGGAUUCCGCGCGCGGUGCCCCUGAGGCUCUCAGCUGCUGGGGUCCGCAGGAGGCCGCAACAUGAAUGAGCGAAACAUUAGCCGGAGGAGGACAGUGAAGAAGGACAAUGAGGCCUUCGAGAUUUCCAUCCCCUUCGACGAGACGCCCCACCUAGACUCACAGAUCUUUUACAGUCUGAGCCCCUCUCAGGGAAACUUCGAGGAGCCUCCGGAGGCUGCGUCCCCGACUGUGGCCCUGAUGAACGGUGUCAGGGCCCAGCUGCACAUGGCCCUGGAGAGGAACUCAUGGCUGCAGAAGCGCAUUGAGGAUCUGGAGGAGGAGAGGGACUUCUUGCGGUGUCAGCUGGACAAGUUCAUCUCCUCUGCCCGCAUGGAUGCAGAGGACCACUGCCGGCUGAAGCCUGGGCCGCGGCGGGCUGAGGGGGACGGCAGAGGCGGGGCUGGGGCCGAGGCCUCAGACCCCGAGUCGGCCGCCUCCUCGCUCAGCGGAGCGUCUGCACAAGGCAGUAACGGGGAGAGGAAGAGGCAGAAGCGGAAAGGGGGCACUGGCCGGAGGCGCUUCGGGAAGCCCAAGGCCCGGGAGAGGCAGCGGGUGAAGGACGCCGACGGUGUGCUCUGCCGCUACAAGAAGAUCCUGGGCACCUUCCAGAAGCUGAAGAGCAUGUCUCGGGCCUUCGAGCACCACCGAGUGGACCGCAACACGGUGGCGCUGACCACGCCCAUCGCGGAGCUGCUGAUCGUGGCCCCCGAGAAGCUGGCGGAGGUGGGCGAGUUCGACCCCUCCAAGGAGCGUCUGCUCGAGUACUCGCGCCGCUGCUUCCUGGCCCUGGACGAUGAGACCCUCAAGAAGGUGCAGGCCCUCAAGAAGAGCAAGCUGCUGCUUCCCAUCACUUACCGCUUCAAGCGGUGAUCCCGCCCCACCUGGCCCGGGACACGCCCCGGCCCCUCUUUCCCUCCCCCUCCGCCCUCCCGGCACUGGUCAAGCGCGUGUAGGAGUGGUGGACCCUCCUGCGGACCGCCACCCCCUCCCCGGGUCCCCUGAUCUGCCCCUUUGCCCCUCUCAUUCCUAGCAUCCUCCCCCGCCUCCGCAUUUACUGGGGUGGGGGCGGUCCAAGAACUACUGUCCAGGGGCCAGUUUCGGCCCUUUCCUAAACACUGGCACCCCCUCCCACCUGAGCGGCACCGUCCCGCCGUCACCCGGCCCUCGCUCCUGGGAAAACUGCGGGACUGCGGGGCGAGGGCACUGUACAUACCCCGUUGCCGCCCC